CUUACGCCACUACAAUAGCCGUGCCAUGUCUAGCGUUGUCCGUUGUCUGAGUCUGCGUGCCUGCGCAGUGACGUUGACCGUGGCACGCGCAUGCCUGGCUCUCAGUAUAUAGGCUUUUCUGAGAAGCCGCGCAACUCCGAAACGCCGUGUUUCACCUUUCGAUCCACCCAGACGCACAACCUAUACAACGUGGCCUGUAGCUGAUCUCGGCUAGCUCCGCUUAUGGUCUCACGCGCUACGUCCCAUCCGUCCACAAUUCAUUGUGAAUUAUUUCAUCACUUGCCGUGGAUCCUUUUAAAUCAUUCUUCGUAAUGUCAACUACGGUUGUCGGGCAUCGACCUACCUCCCACCGCCCUUUUCGGAAUCUAGUUCCAGUCAGCUAUCCACCCCGUAUUGCAGGUCAGAUGGACCCCAGCGGGUUACACGAAGAGGCGCUAUUAGCCAUUGCAAUUAACCCAGGCAUUACAGGUAUGAGCUGCACGAAGCCGUUUUUCCUUCCUUCUCGCAAUUCUGGUGAUGGAAACCAUGGGCCCGUGGAAAAAGGUCUCGGAUAUGGGGCAUUUGGAGUUGUGUGGUCUGUGAUUGAUCCACGUGACGGCCAACGGGUUGCACUGAAGCGGAUCCCUCGCGUGUUUCACAAUUCAGUCACUGCCAAACGGGUUUAUCGGGAGUUGAAAAUGCUGUCAUGCUUCAAACACGACAACAUUGUCAACCUCCUUGAUGUCGUGAAAUCCGAGAACUAUAUGAAAUUUGAUGAAAUCUACUUUAUGUUCGAGCUCAUGCAAACAGAUUUGCACAAAAUCAUCGUCUCACCACAACCUUUGUCAUUGGACCAUGUUAAAAUAUUUGUCUACCAAAUAUUACGAGGGUUGAAAUAUCUCCAUUCCGCACGUAUCAUUCACCGCGAUAUCAAACCAGGCAACAUGCUAGUGAAUUCCAACUGUCUUUUGAAGAUAUGUGAUUUUGGACUUGCCCGGAUAGAUGAUCCAUACGGCGAAACGCACCUUACUCAGGAAGUUGUGACGCAAUACUAUCGGUCUCCUGAACUCCUCAUGGAAGCCACACGCUAUUCCUACGCAGUUGAUCUGUGGAGUGUCGGGUGUACUUUUGCGGAGUUACUCGGGCGGAGAAUACUUUUCCCGGCAAGAAGUCCGCUGGAGCAGUUGGAAUUAAUUCUCGAUUUGACUGGCAGUCCGAGCCCGGAUGAUUUGGAAAACUGUCAUCCAGACGCCUGCUGCUUCGUACUCUGUUCUCGAUCCCGACAUCCCAACCCAUCGAUUUUAUACGCUCUCGCACCGGACGUUAGUGAAAUGACUGUGCAUUUGUUGACCAGUAUGCUCAAAUUUAACCCGCGCCAACGUAUCACUGCAGCCGAGGCUUUAAACCAUCCAUUUUUGGAGGAAGCGCGCCUGCGUUACCACUCGUGCAUGUGUUCCUGCUGUCACGAUGUGGGCUCUUCUUUCGCUUCUGCGAACGAUUCAGAUGCGACAAGUGCCUUCUGCUGCGCGCCUUCACCGUCCGGCUCUUCUUGUGCGUCCUCCACCCCUUCUAGCGAUUCCACUCCGAGUACACCGGGUAAAUUUUACAAUCGCUAUGAGGCCAAGACCGCGGCAAACGCAAUGGCUAGUCCGUCUUGCAGCACUACCUCCAGUUCGAGCAGUAUCAGCUGUAAUACUGGAGGAGGGGGAGGGAGCGGUAGUGGUGGCAGUGGAAGCGGUAUGGCACGAAGGCGGUAUUGUCACGAUUUGGAUCCAAUUUGUCCAGUCCUACUCCCGUUUGAUUUGGAUUCAGGAUUUCGACGCCUUUCGGAUGCGAAACGUGUCCUAUGGGACAGCAUCCAGGAUUACUAUCGUCGCGACGACCGUCUGACACGAGUAGUGCUCAACAAAAAUGGUGCGAACUACUCUAGUUUCAUCAACUCUUCCGUCGCUCAGGCCAAAGAGGUCCCGGCUAGUCAUCGAUGGCACUGAGCAGUGGUUCGUUUGUUCCAGCGUUUGCGUCAAUUCUAAUUCAUCACCUUGCCAUCCUGGCUGGCGGAGUGCAGGGACGGUGCCUGAGUUUCAACCCUGGUCUCUUCAGUCUUCCACUCGUUCAUCUAAUCGGGCAGAAAUCGAUUCAUCGAGUUGUAGGCGUUUUACCACAUCUGUUCAAACCAUCCUCCGCUGUCUUCACUAUCAACAAACAGUUCGCAUACUGGUAAUCAUUCGCAUCCACAUCAACAUCCUCAUAAUCUGUGUUACGUUGUUCUCGCUAGUCUUUUUCUACUGCUCUAUCGGCUUUUGUUAUUGUUUGUUUACUUCUGGUUUCUUUCUCUGUUCCUCUGAUUGUUUGUUUGUUUGUUUCACUUCUUCAAACGUCACUCUCCCUAAUAACAACGAUACUGUGGUUUGGUUUUGAAUGAAUAGGCUCUAUCUAAUGCCUACGAGCUUUCUUCCUACUGUGUGACCAUCCGACUGCCUAGUACAAGCAAUAGGGGCAGCGUCAAAUGACGCUAUGUGUAUCCCCAACCUCGCCCUCUAUUUUGUCGCUCGUAUUUUGUUUCUCUUCCCAUCCUAUCCAUCUUUCUCGCACCAAGUGCACAGUACGGUCGACCAGUUUCCUCAGUCCGUUAAUGUUGCUGUCGUCGUUGUUUCGUUCAUUUGCGUAUAUUGUUUCGGCGUGUUUUUUCGCUGCUUCCGACCACGUUCUGGACAAGUUCUGUUUCAGGCUCAUCAAACAUUUUUGAGGAUGGAGAAAGGCCCUUUACGGCUGAUUUAACAAUGACUACGAAUGACAGCAACUACAAUAGCUGUCUUUUGGUGAGACUGCUCAUCCAUCAUCAUCAUCAUCUGUGUAUGUUCUAUCCGGAUUCGUUAUGAUAACUUUCUAGGCUUUUUGAAUUCGUGUUUCGACACCUGCGACCUUCACACACACACACACACACGCAAACACAGCGAAAUUCGAUGGAGAUUGUUUUGCUACUCGGCAAUGUUGGCACUGGCUAUCUUUGAUGCACUCAAUGUACUUGAAUUCUAAGGCAACCGUGCGUUCACGGUAGAAUGUGCGCACUUUGUGUUUCUGCACUUUGAUCUUUCGCGCCCUGUGGCCUGUUUUGUCCUAUUCUUCAUGUUCAGUAUUGUUUAUAGGACCAUCCCGGGAACAUUUCAUAAUAUGAAGUCAUACGGGUACUUGUUUUAUUCUUUACCUUCGGUAAUAAGUUGACCAAAUCCAUUUGCUCAUUGUAAAUACUCUCUUUUUUCACCCAAGGGGUGAUUAACCCUCGGACGCCAGCUACCUUAUUCCAGCCUUUCUGCUGCUUCUGCAGCGGUCGAUUUGGUUUCCAAAUCGACUGACUUGUACAGUUAUUUGUUUGUUUUUGGCUGUUCUCUACAAAAAACUUCGUUUGUUAUUCCCUCCCCUCUGUUGUUUAUCCCGCCUCCCAACUCACACCACGGAUCUUUCUCAGUAUGUUCACGCACCGAACGCCACCCUAUUCCACACGAUCUCCACCUUCUUUCGCGCAGCAUUGUUUCCUUUAUACUUUCUGACAAAUUAUCUCAUCCGGAAGUGCUGAGGACUUAUGAACAUCUAAGCGUCCGUUCUAGUCUUCUCUCGCUCCUCAUUAUUCCAAACACACACACAAUGUUCUAGUCACAAGCUGACUACUUUGAAGAUCCAUGCCCACUUGUGAGGCACCCCAAUUUCAUCCAACUCUCUCCACUACACUAUGCACUCAUAGCCACAACAGUCAUUUAUAGCACACCUAUCCUGCAUUCUACGUACCGGAUUGCGCCAAACUUGCACACGUGACCUUUCUUUGUUACCCUCCACCCCCAGUUUUGCCACUGUGCCCUGCCUCCAUGUGCUAUCGAAUCUUAGUGAGUGUCUUUUGUGUAGCAAUUACACUCGCUAAAGGUCGC